AUGAUUCAGAAGUUCCGUAGCUUCGAGUACUCUCGCGUUUGGCAUAUCUUUAGGGAGGUCGUCUCGGAGCCAGAGUCGACCAUUUUUGGUCCACGUGCGAAUGGAAUGGGCAGCCCCUCUGAAGGGAUUGAGGCCAUGGACUGCGACGAUGCUGAGAUCGAGCUUCUCAUCGCCACUGAGGCCAGUGCCUGGGGCUAUUUCGGAAAAAGGCUAUUGCGAAAGUUAGAAAAAGUCAAGCAGUGA